AUGACUACAUCAUCCCCCGAUACCUUAAGUAUCCCGAUUAUUGAUCUCGAGCGAGCCCGUUCAGCAGACCCCGACGAGGUUCGCCGAGCUGCCAAAGAAGUAUACCUCGCGUUUAAGAACGUUGGGUUCGCUUACAUUGAGAACCAUGGUGUCCCGCAAGACCUUAUAGACGAAGCCUUUGAAUGGAGUCGAAAGUUUUUCGCGCUCUCCCAAGCGGAUAAAGACAAAGCACCUCACCCACCACAAGGCUGGUAUCAUCGAGGUUAUUCAGGAAUUGGUCGAGAGAAAGUCGUUCAAAUGGAAUUUGACAAGGAACGUAUUGCCGAGAAACGAAAGACGCCAGAUGUUAAAGAGUCUUUCGAACUUGGAAACGAGUCCGAUGAGCGUAUGCCAAAUAUAUGGAUUCCCGAAGAUAUUCUUCCAGGUUUUCGUGCGUUCUUCACCAAAUUUUUUGAAGUCUGCUCUGGCAUGGAGGAAGUGAUGCUAAGUACAAUUGCCGUCGGCAUGGGUCUGGAGAAAAACUUUUUUCUGGAAUACCACCAAAACAAAACCAACCAGUGCAGGUUAUUGCACUAUCCUGCCGUGGAAGAAGAUUUUCUGCGUCUCGGGAAGGCUGAGAGAAUUGCUGCGCAUUCUGAUUUUGGAACAAUGACCAUCUUAUUCCAAGACCAGGUUGGCGGCUUAGAAGUCGAGGACAUUCAUGAAAAGGGAAUGUUCAAUCCGGCUCCUUACAUCCCAGGAACCGCAGUCGUCAACAUUGGAGAUCUUCUGAUGCGUUGGAGUAAUGACGAGCUCAAGUCCACUCUGCAUCGUGUUCGUGCUCCGCCACUCGUUGAUUCGCCUGGUGAAUCAUCAGGCCGUAUCACACGUCCGCGUUAUUCUAUUCCCUAUUUCAUCAGUCCUGAUCGAGACCGUGUCAUAGAUUGUGUCCCAGGGUGCUAUGGACCAGAUCGACCUAAGAAGUACGAGCCGAUUACGAGCGGGGAUUAUAUCUCAAUGCGAAUGAAUGCAACUUACUGA